ACUACGAAAGAAGCCGCCAUAUUCCCACCGGCGCAUGGACUUCAUUUGUUGACUAGAGUACAUUUUAAUUUAAACUUUUCUUGUCGGCCUGAGUUGCAUGAUGGCCGGUGCUGAUUUAAAUCAGCUUACAGACAGGUUGGCCAAGGCCUCUGUCGAAGAAUCGAGUAUCCUCAGUUUUGCUGGGCAAGGACGUAAACUUGAUACCGAAGACGAUGCCAAGGAAAUUGCCGAUGCUAUCGUCCAGUUCAAGUCAAUGAAAGCACUACGUAUGGACGGGAACACCCUGGGCGUCGAUGCAGCCAAAGCCAUAUCAAAGGGUUUGGAGAAGCACCCAGAGUUUGAACAUGCUCUGUGGAGUGACAUGUUUACUGGAAGACUAAAGACAGAAAUACCCCAUGCACUGAUGUAUCUCAGUAAUGGUAUAAUGCUAGCCGGUGCCAAACUGGUGGAGCUGGAUCUCAGUGAUAAUGCCUUUGGUCCCCAUGGCAUCAACGGAGUGGUGGAACUGCUGAAGAGUGAAAGCUGUUACACGUUAAAGGAGCUGAGGUUGAAUAAUAAUGGUCUGGGUGUCACGGGAGGGAAGAUCUUGGCAAAAACGUUACUGGAGUGUUCCAAGGCCAGCAGUGCAGCAGGUGCCCCCCUUGCCUUGAGGGUGUUCUUCUCAGGAAGGGGAAGGUUAGAGAACGAAGGCUCCAUUGCCUUGGCUGAAGCUUUCAAGAUAAUGGGUAGUUUAGAGGAGGUCCAGAUGCCCCAGAAUGGCAUCAACCACGAGGGCAUCACAGCACUAGCUGAAGCCUUCACCGUCAAUAAAAAUCUCAGAAUAAUUAACCUGAAUGAUAACACUUUCACGGAGGUUGGAGCAAAGUCCAUGGCUAAGGCUUUAAAACAUGUCCAGAACUUAGAAGUUAUUAAUUUUGGAGACUGUUUAAUAAGAUCUGGAGGCGCAAGGGUAUUAGCUGCAGCAUUGCAAGAGGGCCACAAGAAACUGAAGGAGUUGGUUUUGUCUUUUAAUGAAAUAAACAAAGAUGCUGCAAAUGAAGUUGCAGAAUGUGUGGAAAACAAAGAGUGUUUGGAAAAACUAGAUUUAAAUGGCAAUCAGCUGGGAGAGGAAGGCGUUGAGUUAAUACAAGGAACACUAGAAGCUAUGGGAAGGCUAGACUGUUUGGCAUCCCUCAGUGAUGAUGAAGGAGAUGAUGAAGAUGAAGACGAUGAAGAAGGGGACGCCAGUAGACAGGAAGAAGAAGAAGAAGAAGAUGAUGAUGAAGGUCUUGAAAUCUGUGAUCCGAACUUACAAGUCAAGGGAACGGCAAUCUCACCAAGACCUGAGGACAUGAAGCCUGUCAGUGUAACAGAAUUCUUACAGUUGCCUACAGCACCUAAGUUGAUUUCACUGGGUUCUGAUAGAACUGCAAAGAUUAUGACAGAAAUAGAGAAAGACUUUAACAACACAGAUAAAUGUAUCCAGACGUUAAUGAAGAUAUCAUGUGUGGUGUCUUCAGAAAAUACUAAAGCACAAAAUGCUGUCAAUGAAAUCGCAGAUUCUCUGUUAGGAAAGCUGUUACGUGGUACAGAUGAAAGUACCAAGGCUACCAUCUCAAACUCAAUUCUUGUACACAUAGGUUUGCUGAAGAGUGAAGACAAAGUAAAGCCAGUGGCUGACCCAAGUGGUCCAAUGCUAGUUUUAUCCCACGUGGUCAAACAGUCAUACUUCCCUAAAUUAGCAAGAGAUAUAUUGCAAGUGUUCUUUGGCAGGCCCCACGAAAGACUUGACAAGUGCCAGCAGUCCAAACAUUUACUUCUUCAAAGUCUAUACCAGGUCUAGAGUCGUGUUCCAUCCGAAAUACUUCCCAAGAUAUCUUCCAAGGAAUCGAAUAUAAGUAUGGUCAGUUAUCUUGGGUACAAUCAUGGUUUCAAGAUUCUGUGUGAACUUCGUGAUUGGACAGUUUUUAGCUCAACAUUUCGAUGAGUUGAAGGUACAUUAUACAGUGCUGCAGACCAUUUUACGUAACAGCCGUUUUGGGUUAUUAUUGAUAUCCCACGCAUUGGUCAGGUAGCAGAGUAAAGUUAGGUUUGAAGGAUGCUGAAGAGCAGCAUUUUCCGAUUAUUCUGUUUCUAUAUUUGAAGUUAUUGUGAUGCUCUCAAUACAUACCUCUUAUUUUGAGUUUACUGAAGAUGCAAAAGAUUUGUAUAGCCUUAUUAGCACAAUUCAUUUGCAUGGGUGUGUAUCAGUAUUAUGGUAAUUGGUCUGGAAUUGUGGUUCAACUGUUAUGUCGGAUGGUUUGCCAAGAAACAUACCAAAAAGCGAUGUCAGACUUAUACAAACUUUAUUGACUCACAACGUAAGGUAAUGAUAUGAUGUUGUCAACAACUUUUACUUUGUAAGAAUUCAAAAUGAGAAUACUCGUACAUAGUGCUUAUCUGUGAGCUAAACUGUAAAAAUUGUAACAAUUUGAAUUGAAAACAAGUAAAAUUUUCAUACAGGA